CAGGAUACAGCCUGGUCAUCUAAGAAACUGCUUCCCUCUUUGGAAGAAGCAGAAGGUGAUAUUUACAAGUAGUCCUGUUAAAUCUGACAAGCAGAUCCACCGACUCGUCCUACUGUUGCAAUGCCUUGUCUGCUAUGCCCGUCGCUCUUGUGCUACCUCCUCCUCCUCUUUCCACUGGCUUCCAGUUCUGCUUCUAAUGGGGACACAGUGGUCAGAACCAGCAGUGGCCCCAUUAAGGGCAAGCAGUUCCUGGCUGGCCUUGGAUCUGUGACAGCCUAUCUAGGCAUCCCUUAUGCAGAGCCUCCCCUGGGGAAGUUGCGUUUCCAGAAACCUCUUCCACAUCAGCCAUGGAAGCAAACACUGGAAGCCACCAGCUUUGGCAAUUCCUGUUCUCAAUCUAUUUACUACGAAGACACUGCAGCAAUGGUGUGGAAUCCUAAAACACCAUUGUCAGAAGAUUGCCUUUCCCUCAACAUCUGGGUGCCAUACCCACAACCUUCUUCACCAGUACCUAUUUUUUUCUGGAUACACUCAGGUGGGUAUUCAGGUGCCACGUCUUCUCUGAACUUGUUCAAUGGGGCAUCCUUGGCUGCCACUGAGAAUGUAAUUGUGGUCACCAUCAAUUAUCGCUUGGGAGCCCUGGGCUUUCUGUACUUGCCACCAGCUGCUCCAGGGAACCUAGGCUUAUGGGACCAACAGCUGGCCCUGAAGUGGGUAAAAGAGAAUGCAGCUGCCUUUGGGGGAGAUCCUUCUCGGGUGACCAUUUUUGGCCACAGUGCUGGAGGAGCUUCUGUGAAUCUCCAUCUUCUCGCACCAAAAAGCCAGGACCUUUUUGCCCAAGCGGUGAUCCAGAGUGGAACAGCCAAUGCCUUCUGGGCUUGGAGGUCUCCUGAGGAAGCCAAACGAUUAUCGCUGAAAUUCGUUCAUUUGCUAGGUUGCUCCGAGGACAAUAAUACCAGCAUAGGGCAUUGUCUGCAAACAAAAAAUGUUUCUGAACUUAUUCAGCAACAAGGCUCUCUGUUCUUGAACGAUGACUGCCUUCUGAAUUUUCCAUUCAGGCCAACCAUAGAUGGGGAUUUUUUGCUUGGUGAUCCAGAAAAGCUCAUGGAGGAGGGACAAAUUCAAGUCAAACCUGUCCUCAUAGGAAAAGUCUCUGAUGAAGGGAGCACAUUUAUCCACGAUCUUUUUUCUGACAUCAAGGAAAGUCUCAUCAAUCAGGAGCAGCUUCUGAAAGGGAUAAGAAUGUUGGUGCCAAGUGCAACUGAAGAUGUUGUUCAGACUAUUGCACUGAAAUACAGUGAAGGACAUCAAGGCCUAGCCCAAUACCGCUCCGCUCUGUCCAACCUCUUUACAGAUUUGGCCAUUGCAUGCCCAAUGACUGAAGCUGCAGGAAAUAUCAGGAAAACUGGGAGUCCUGUAUAUGCCUAUUUAUUCACACAUCACCCUUCAAGCUCAUCUUGGCCUCAAUGGACUGGACCACAUCAUGAUGCUGAGAUUGCUUAUAUUUUUGGAACCCUUGACUCGGUGUUUCCUGUCAAUCAAACGUACACAGAGGCUGAAGCCAGACUGAGCCAUAAAAUGAUGCACUACUGGGCAGAGUUUGCCAGAACUGGGAAUCCUGAUGGGUUGGUGGCCACCAAGGAUGAGUGGCCACUCUAUAAUGCCACAGAGCAGAAUUUCUUCGUUCUUAAUAGUGAGUCAUCCAGGGAAACAGAGAAAGAACCUAUCCACCACUGCAGUUUUCUAAAGAAGCAUUUGUCAAAGUCUGAAGACCCACAUAAGUGCGAAGGUGAUUCUGUUUCAUCAGACUAGACAGAAGACAGGAGAAGAGCAUCCUGGAAUCUCUGCUUUGCCUGUGUCUUGAACUGGCCUACCAUGAAGGGCUGCCACUUAGGUUGAAUCCCUUUGAAAAUGGCUUCCACAUCUUAAAGGCACCAUUUGAAGACUUGAUCUAGUUAGGUUGGCUUCAAAAUAGCAUUUAUGUGUUCGUUUGUUUCUCUCAGAAACCAAUCAAGACUUUUCUUAAAAACCUAGGGAAAUGAUGACAAGAUGUGCCAGAGAACCUUCCAGAAGGAUCCAUUGUUCUUUUAGGUGGGAACUUGGAAGAAGAAUAAGGAGUCAACUAAAAAUUCACAUAAUCUUUGCUGUAAAAUAAUAAACUGUUAGGAGUAAUAUGUUAUCUCUUAAUAAAUAACUUUUUAAAAUAAAAUACUGUCGGAAUUGUUUGGAUAACAAUCCUGUUGUAAGGAAAAGCAAAAUAAAACAAACAGGAAUUCUGA